AUGUCUAUUGUGGAGGUGAGAGUUCCAAACCUUGAUUGUGAAGGAUGUGCUUCCAAGGUAAAGAAAGCUCUCUUCAAACUCAAAGGUGUGGAGGAGGUGGAAAUAGAAAUGGAGAUCCAGAAGAUAAUUGUGAGAGGGUAUGGGUUGGAGGAAAAGAAAGUGGUGAAGGCUAUUAAGCGAGCUGGAAAAGCAGCAGAGCCAUGGCCCUUUCCUGGAUACUCUCAUUUUGCCUCAUUUUACAAGUACCCUACCUACAUCGUCAACCAUUAUUACGACAUGUACAAAAAUGAAACCACCACCGGCGUACACACCUUCUUCCACACUCCAUCAGUUUAUUCGGUCGCCGUGGCAUCCGAUGAGGCCAUCGCUUCGCUUUUUAGCGACGACAAUCCACAUGCCUGCUCCAUCAUGUGA